AGCUGCAGCCCCCAGGGGACCCUCCUAGCACCCCAAAGCUCUUGGCUCACUUGGCCUCUGCUGUUUGUCCACCGUAUCUGUCCCCACAGGGCGCCAGACAUGAAGGCCUCUCACCAGCAUCCGAGCAGGGUAAACCCAGUGCAGGACAGAGGCCUCUUGCUUCUGCUAAUAGAGGAACCAAGAAAUGUCCCCUGGGAAAGCAGAAGUGUCACUGUCCUGUCCCUGGACACACGGACUCCACUUCUGUCCUCAGUUCAGUACCCGUUCUCUGGAAAGCCGCAAACAUUCCAAGACUGGACUUCUACCGAAUCAUCUCAAAUUCUGUGAACAGCCCUGGCCCAGGAAGGGAGUGGGAGGCGACAGAGGUGGAGCACAACCUUGAAGAGGUUAAAUAAGUCACCCCCAACCUCACCAUCAUGCUCAUCUCUGCUGAGCAGAGGGACCAGAGAACUUCUCCCGGCCCUGGCGCCAUGACAUCCCUGCAGACGCUGAUGCUGGCCACCCUGCUUCUGAGCGCCUCUCUGCAGUGUGGCCAUGCAGCUCGAGCCACCAACGUGGGACGAGAGUGCUGCCUGGAGCACUUCAAGGGAGCCAUUCCCACCAGAAAGCUGGUGCACUGGUACAGGACCUCGGCCGAGUGUCCCAAGGACGCCAUCGUGUUUGUGACCGUCCAGGGCAGGCACAUCUGCUCGGACCCUGAGGACAGGCGCGUGAGGAAGGCAGUUAGAUACCUGCAGAGCCUCAUGAAGUCACUCAGAGCCACCACCCACGACUGAUGCUCUUCCCGGACCAUUCAGAGACUUCCGGCAUCUGCAUUCAGGACCCCAGCCCCGAGCGGCCUGAGGAGCCUCAGCGAGGGAGACCAUCCCUUCCUGAACAGACCCCGCGGGCACCGAGGAGCCCAGAUUAAACAGCCCUUCCCCUC